AUUUCCUUUCUGUAUCUGUUUCUUCUAUUUCCAUCCUACUACCCCAACCUCUUCUUUGCCGAUUACACUUACUUACACGCUUCUUCUCCCAGCCACUACUGUACCUAAGACACACAAGACUUCAAUUUGGAAUGUUGUAAAUUGAUAAGUUUUAUUAUUUAAAGCAAUAAGCAUACAUAUCAUAUAAAUUGGUCAAUGCUGUCGUUUUAAAUGGCAGGCUUUUCAUCGAGACAGAGUACUUCUUUGGAUGUUACGCAUUCUUUGUCAAACCAAUCGCAAUUGUCGGAAGUAGUAAACAAAAAUGAAGCUCUUUCCUUUGAUAAAAAAAAAGACGAAUUAUAUAAUAUGGACUCUGACUUCACCGAGUCUUUUUCAACCACGAAUGAUACAUGGCAGCCGAUGGAAAUUAUUACAAGCUCCAAGUCUACUUUAGAAGAUGAAAACACGUUAGAUAGCUUUUCAUCCCAACCUGGUGAAAACAUAAAUCAAGAAUUAUCGACAGAUGCUCAAUACACACGCGUUUUUCGGGAUGAGAACGAAGACCAAAAGCAUCAGCUGGACAGUGAUGCCAUGAAGGUGGUCAGUCUGAAUAGCAAUGAUCAAGAUGAGAUAGGCAUGGACAGCCAAAUGGGUAUUACAGGUAGUAUUCUGACUGAAUCAGAAAAGAUGGCGUACGCGGGCGUAUGCAGGUUAGCAAUAACUAUAAUGGUUGAUAACGUCGCUCAAUUAACAUCAUUUUCUUGGUAUCGCGGUGAAUGCAAAAGCGCACUUGAAAACAUUAUUGUUUGGGCUGAUACUGUUACCGAAAAUCUUUAUGAACAUUUGGGUAUUUCAAAGGACGAACGAAAAAUGAUUGAUAACCUUCAGCGACAUUCUGUUUUGCUAGGGGACCUUGCCAAAAUUCUUGUAUCGUCAAAUCAUGUUACUUCUACUUCUGAUAUUUUAGACGAUGAGGACCUGGUUGAUGAGGUCAUUUCGUCAGAGUUGAAGACAUCUAAAGAAGUACGGAUUGACGUUCGCUGGACAGUGAUUUGUGAUCUUUUCCUUGUAUUAAUAUCCAAGUCCAUCUAUGAUGCCCGUUCGCGAGUACUAUUACACUACGUUGGCAAAGUUUUGGGAUUGGACUCGUUAGAGAUUACAAAAUUUGAAAAAUAUAUUAUUGAAACCAUUGAAACAGAUAACGUUGGUGAGUUAGACAUGGGAUCAAGCUCGAAUAGUGAAGCUGUUGUCAAGCUUCGUAAGAAAUUCUCAAGACGUCGCAAAUAUGUUUUGAUGGGUUUAGCAGGCGUUGGUGGAGGAUUAGUGAUUGGGCUUUCAUCUGGUCUUUUAGCACCAUUUAUUUCAGCUGGGAUUGGGGCUGCAUUUACUACCGUAGGCUUGGGUGGUGUCGCUUCUUCAGGUUUCUUAGCUGGUGGAGGAAGUGCCGCCUUGAUUACUGUCGGAGGUGUCUUAUCAGGAACGCAUUUAGGAACUACCGGAAUGGCACAUAGAAAAGCUGAUGUCAAAACUUUUGAGUUUCGACCAGUUCAUGCCAACGGACGUUCGAAUGUUGUCGUAACCGUCUCUGGGUGGAUGUCUGGCAAAGAAGAUGAUGUACGCUUAUCGUUUUCUUCCCUCGACCCGAUAGUAGGGGACGUUUUUUCAGUUUUGUGGGAGCCAGAAGUGCUUGCGUCUGCUGGUCAGACGAUGAGCAUUUUAGCUACGGAAGUUGUGACCCAAUCAUUGCAGCAAGUAUUGGGUUCUACUGUACUGGUAUCAUUGAUGGGUGCUAUACAAGUCCCUUUAAUUCUGACAAAGCUUAGUUAUUUAAUUGACAAUCCUUGGAAUAACUCUUUGGAUCGAGCCAAAGCUACUGGUCAAUUACUAGCGGAUUUAUUGUGCUAUAGAUAUUUGGGAGUCAGACCGGUUACACUAGUGGGCUAUUCAUUAGGUGCCCGUGUGAUAUACUAUUGUUUAAGAGAGUUAGAAAAGAAGCAAGAAUUUAGCGUAGUGGAAAAUGUAUACCUUUUUGGUACUCCUGUCAUUUUUAAGCGUUCGUCAUGGCUGAGAGCAAGUUCAGUCGUGGCUGGACGAUUUGUUAAUGGCUUUAAGAAAAAUGACUGGAUUCUUGGUUAUCUAUUUCGAGCUACUUCUGGUGGAAUUGGACGCGUUGCUGGAUUACGAAGCAUUGAUGAUAUUCCUGGUAUGGAAAAUAUUGAUGUUACUGACUUAGUCCCAGGUCAUUUAGCAUAUCGGGAAGCUAUGCCGGAACUACUGUCUUUGGUCGGAUUUGAAUUACUUAACGAAGAAACGGACCUUGUACAGGAACCAAUUCCUGAAUCUUUACAGGAGCGACAAUCCGAACUGCUUCACGAAGUUGAAGCAGAGGAAUGUCAAAAAAAGCAGCAAGAACUAAUUGCUAAUACUAUGAAAGCCAAAGGACGUAGCUAUACACCAGAAAAGACGUCGGUUUAUCGCAGUCUUAAAAAAUCUAGGAAGAAAUACGGUUCAUCUUCUAAACAGUAAAGACGAGGUUGAAGCCCCAUAAUAUUUAAAACGAAGCUUCUUACUAUUUAAUUUUCACGAUAUUCUAGUUUAAUAAUGAGAUUGUAAUGUGCAUUAACUAUAUAACUUUGUGUAUAAUUCUAUAAUAUUUCAUGAGUUAUCGUGCG